UGGCUGAAGCCUGGAGCAGAGCUGCAGCCCCAUGGUGGUGCCAUGUGGGUAGAAGGAUGCACCCUCACAUCUCAGGUGAUGAUGGGGAACGGGGAAGCUGCAGAUGAGGCUGGUGCACUGGCUCUGAUGAGCUGUGCCAGUCGGUGGUGCCUCCGUUGUCUUGGGAGGACUAUGCAGGUGGGUCCUGGAGCCACCCAGCAGUGGGGCUCUAACUGGGGAUGUUACCCAGGCUCUAAGGAUUUUUCCUAGCGAAAACAGUCAUCAAGGGAGCUAUGCUAGGAGCCUGUGACCAGCUCACUUAAAAGUAGGGUUUCUUUGGGUAGGAGCUGUCCACCCCAGUUCAUACUUGGAAGGACAUGCAGAAAUCCAAGCACAGGGGUGGCUGAUGCAGGGUAGAGACAGUAGCUGGUUGGAGGGUGAGCUGCUAAAGUGGCACUGCUGGGGUUGUCCCCGUACAUGGGGUACCGUCAGUGCCAUGAGGUUUGUGAUGGGCCACAUUUAUGCCCUUAUGGGAGGGCUGUGCUACUGUUACUCCUGAGAUGGCCAGUGACCGCUCUCACCACUUUCCCCUCCAUGCCAUGCAAAUGAAGGCAGCUGCAUUUCGGUUUCUGCACUCUGCACAGAUGCCUGCCUUCUGCACGUCAUGUUGCGCAUGGCUGGCGGGAAGGAAGCAGUUGGGUGUCUUCCUCUUCACCUUAUUUCACAGACUGUGCCCGUUCAGGUCUGAGCCUUGAUGCUGUUUGCAGAGAUACCAGGGUCGCCAGAGCAUCCUUCUAACUGCAUGGAGGACCUUGCACAACAGCACAGGAGGGAGUUGCUUCCAAGCACAUCCCAGGCAGCAAUUGCAGCUGAACUUCCCACUAGGCCCAUGGAGCCACGAGGGAUUGUCAAAGCCUUUCCCAAGAGGAAGAAGGUGAGGCGUGACCCAGGGAAAAGUGUCCCGCCGAAGAUCCCAAAAGGGGAAGGAACAGAGAUACCUGAGGCAGAGUGGCUGGAACCAGUCACCAUCUACGUGUUGCAAGCUGGCAUUGGCCAAGCCAGGGCGGAGAUCUUCCACAAGCAGAUUGUCCAGAAUGGGGGUGUUGUAUGCAACCAGCUCUCCUCGGAGGUGACGCAUGUCAUUGUGGCUGAAGACAUGGACUGUGAUCGGGCCUUUCGGCUCCUUAAGUUAACCAAGCUCCCUUCAGGGUUGCAGCUAGUGAAGGCAUCCUGGCUAAGUGCUUGCAUUAGAGACCAGAAGCUGCUAAGUACCGCUGGCUAUGGUAUCUCUAUCCCUCACAGGUACCUGGAGGAGGGAGAACUGCAGAAAGAGCAGCAGCAGGUCCUGGGCAGUGAAGAGAUCCAGCACCCAGCAGAGAAGGGAGCAGCAGAAACAAAUACUGAAGCACAGGUGAAGGAUUCAUUGCAACGAGGCCUGGGCACCCUUGGACAGCAGCAGCUGGCUGAGAAAGACUCUGAUAAUGAAGACAGUGAAGGAGAAGAUGCUGGUGUCACCCAGGGAGACCUGGAAGCAUUGAUUUCUGGCCGCUACCCUGUGAAAUCAUCAGAGGAGACCAGUGACAGCUCUUCCGCAGUGGCCCAGCCUGCCAGCAAGUGGGUUUGUGCCCAGUCCUCCAACAGCAAGAAGGAGAAUCACAACCAAUGCAUUACAGAGAAGCUCGAAGUGCUGGCAAAGGCCUACUCUGUCCAGGGGGACAAGUGGAGAGCUCUGGGCUACUCCAAAGCCGUCAAUGCACUUAAGAGCUACCACAAACCAGUCACCUCCUACCAGGAAGCCUGUAAAAUACCUGGGAUUGGGAAGCGGAUGGCAGAGAAGAUCCUGGAGAUCUUGGAGAGUGGGCAUCUGCGCAAGCUGGAUCACAUCAGUGAGAGUGUGCCUGUGCUGGAAUUGUUUUCCAACAUCUGGGGAGCAGGGGUCAAGACAGCUCAGAUGUGGUAUCAGCAGGGUUUCCGUACACUGGAUGAUAUUAGCACGAAGGCAACUCUCACCAGCCAGCAAGCUGUGGGGCUGAAGCACUACACGGAUUUCCUGGAACGUAUGCCUCGGGAGGAAGCUGCAGAAAUAGAACAGACUGUCAGACAAGCUGCCCUGGCCCUGAAGCCUGGGCUCGUGUGUGUGGCGUGUGGCUCCUACCGUCGGGGGAAGCCCACCUGUGGAGACGUGGAUGUGCUGGUCACUCACCCAGAUGGACAGUCUCACCGUGGGGUGUUCAGCAAGCUGCUUGACAGCCUCCACAGGAGUGGCUUCCUUACGGAUGACCUGGUGAGUCAGGAGGACAAUGGUGACCAGAAGAAGUACCUGGGGGUGUGCCGCCUCCCUGGGCCAGCGCAGCGUCACCGCCGACUUGACAUCAUCGUGGUGCCUUACAGUGAGUUUGCCUGUGCCCUGCUCUACUUCACCGGCUCGGCUCACUUCAACCGCUCCAUGCGGGCCCUGGCCAAGACCAAGGGCAUGAGCCUGUCAGAGCAUGCCCUCAGCUCAGCUGUGGUGCGAGGCCCUGGAGGCGUCAAGGUGGCAUCUGGUCAUAUUCUGCCCACUCCCACUGAGAAAGAUGUCUUCAUUCAGCUGGGGCUGCCUUACCGGGAGCCCUCAGAACGGGACUGGUGACACCCAGUUGUCACCCAGCACCCUGGGCCUGCUGCUGUACUGCUGUUCCGAAGGGUGCUGGUUUCCCCAACGCUGCUCUGUGGUGACUGCAGACUGGGGAACGUACCCCAGCAAACUGGGGAUCCUUGCAAGCAUGGGGCUCUGCUGGCAGAGCUGUGUGGCUUCACCUAGCAGAGGCCGUGGGCUGGAACGACACUGGAAGUGCUGCCUGAUGCCGCAGGCCACUCCUGGCUACCAGAAGGGCUCAUUGCCCAUCAGCUACUCUGGCCCUGCUCUCCCUGGGGAAGCUUCAGAAGGCUGGGCUGCAGAGCCUUGUGAUCCAGCCCCUUCCAGUGCCUGGAAAUGGGAAGUGGGAUGCAUCUUCCUCUGUGUCUGAGCACAGACACCCCAGAAUCUCUGUCCUGAGCUAUGCAUGAAGGCAGCAGGCAUCCAGCUUGGCCCUGGAACAGGCCUUCCCCCUUUCUCAUUGCUGCUGGCAGCUGCUACUGUGAGAAUCGUGAAGCGUCACCCUGUAUUGCCACUGUGUCCUUCCUCUAUCUGAGCUGACUUGUGACCUCUGGUGGGUCUCGCUGCACAGGGCCAGGCUGCUGCGACUGCCACCAGCUUCCCCUGGUGCCAGGUAAACCUUGAGAGAGGCGUAGGGGCCUGAAGUGCUGCGCCUGCUGCCUCUCAGUGGCUCUUGUAUGCCAAGGAUCCUCCAGCGCAGAGAGCGGUGAUCCCCUGCUCUGGCCCCAAGGGCUCCUUUCCUCUCGGUGCAGGAGAGGACCGGACCUCACAGCUCGGGCAGCUGUGCUCUGGAAGGGUUUGAAUGAAUGUAAUGACACUGAAUGUAACCCAGCAGGGCUGGCUGGCUGUCCGCGGGAGGCACAGGGGCAGAGAGAAACAUGAGGAGAUAGUUCUAAUUUGGGCAAAGCAAAGAUUUCCCACUUUGUUUCUGUGGAAGCCGUGGAGUCACCUGGUCUUUGAUCAGAGAAAGUGUGUGUGUGUGUGUGUGUGUGUAUGCAUGUACAUGUGGCUGGCCCAGUCAGUUCCAUGGGAGUGAAUUUUAUUUCUCAGGAAACCUCAGCUAUUGUAUAUUCUGCAGAUGAAUUACCCAGAGACUUCCAGUGCUCUGUCUCUGACAGGUAUUGCAGUGGUUCCUCCUGGCGGAGGUGAUGCUCUGCAGCAUCGGCUGCCAGGGAACGCCGUGGUGGGUGUUUCUGUGCCAGGGCCCUGGGGCUCGCUCUGGCCAUUCUCUGGGCCUGGCCUGGCCUCCCACUCACUUGUCUUGUGGGGGACCAGGCCGCCUCCAUUCUGCACUCUGCCGUGUCUUUGUCACUUGCAGUGACAAGAUGCGUGUUUGCUGCUGGGGCAGGCACAGGGGCAUUAAACCCGGCGGGUUUGCGUAGCUCCCUGCUGCACUGUCAGGCGUGGCUGCUGGGCACCGGCAGUGGGGCUGGGGUGUUUGCUGGGGAGGCCUUGGCUUGCGGAAGUGUCGUUUGUCAGCCCAGCCUUUCUGCUGAACACCUGAUGGAAAUUUAUGUCUUCUGGCAUGUCUCAGUGCUUCAAAAUGUGAAGUAUAAUAAAUUCCUUCUCUCUUUCUC